AUGAGAGGCCACACUGGAAAUGGACGUUGCACCUGGAUCCGCUAUGAGGACAUGCUGGAGAACUGGGUGCUGCAUCUGGAACGGGUGGGUCUGGGCCGCCACUUCAUAGUCUUUGCCGCUGACAGCAAGAGCCUCGAGUUCGCCCACUCCAAAUGGCCGGGCCAGGCCAUACACCUCGACCUGAGCGGACAGUUUGGUCAAGAGGAGAGGGCGGACGUGGAGGGGGCAUCGGUCAUCGGGUCAGCAGCCUUUCACCGCGUGGCAUCCCACAGGGCCAUCUACAUCCACCACCUCCUCUCCUUUGGCUUCUCCGUGCUCUACAGCGAUAUCGACAUCGCCUUCCUGCACAACCCCCUCCCCUUCUUCCAAAAACCCGCUGAUGCUAAUAGCGUCGUUAAUUUACAGCGACCCCCCCACCCCUUCUUCCAAAAACCCGACCAUCCCCUUCCCUCCUCGUCCCUCCGAAACCCUAUCAGCAGCAGCAGUGGCGGCGGCAGCAGCGACAAUGGCAGUGGCUUAGAUGCGCCUGCUGCCGAAACUACUACCGAUUUCGACAUGUUCAUCACGCACGAUCGCUACAUGAGCCAGCCGUCGCCCUACACAGACCCCAUCGACCCCAACCUCCUCAACGGCCUCCCCCUCUUCUGCAGCUGCUUCCUCUUCUUCCGCCCCACCCUCCCCGCCAAAAGCCUCGUGGGCAACUGGGCGUAUCGAAUGGCGAAACUAGGCCGGCAGGGGGGUUUGGAUCAAGAUCAGCUGAACCUGGUCAUGCAGUGGAUGCUAGAGAGGAAGGUGCUGCCUCGGAUUGGUGUGCUGCCGCCGCUGCAGUUCCCGUCCGGGCAGCUGAUGAAUGAACACUGGGGGAAGUUUGAGGAGGUAAGGCCAAGAGUGGUGAUGGUGCAUGCAAAUUAUUUGACUGGGAAAGUGGCGAAGAUCAAGGGGUUGAAGAAGGCGGGUCUGUGGCGUGUGAAAGAGCAGGAUGAUGCCGGAGAGCAGGACAGCUACGAUGAAAUCCCAGGGAUGCUGAAGAGGGGGAGAGAGGAGGGCAGCGCAGGGGGAAAGGAGGGCAAGGGGGGGGAGGCCCGGGUGGGGGAGGCGCUGGCAGGAGGGGGAGGGGGAGCGUCAGGGGGGAGUGGUGGGGAGGGAGGGGUGGAUUGGGAGGCGGAGGUGUUGGGAGCGGUGGAGCCGUGGGUGGGGGAGCAUCUGGGGGAGUUGGAGGGGAAGGGGACGCGGAUCAAGGGCGCUGCUGGCAUGGCCAGGAGGCCCUCUCAGGCCAGGAGGCCUUCUCAGGCCAGGAGGCGUUAUUCCGCAACAUCUCAGGCCAGGAGGCGUUAUUCUGCAACCUCUCAGGCCAGGAGGCAUUAUUCUGCGACUGGUUUCAACCACGUGGGCCGCAUCCCUGAUUCCCCACCAUCCCCUCUCCUUCCCCCACCACUCCCAUCAGGCCAGGAGGCAUUAUUCCGCAACUGGUUCACCCAUAUGGGCCGCAUUCCUUCUCUCGGCAAUAUCGUCCUUGCUUCUGUGCCUCCUCAGAUGCACACACCUGGGGGGCAUGUGAUCACUCGCUCCAGUGAGAGCUUGUCGCCUCGAGUGGCCAGAGCCACGUGCCUGCUGCUGCCAACCCUCAUCCUCGCCCGCUUGCUGGCUGCCAAUGUGACCGUCGUCUACAGCGACAUCAACUCAGUGUGGCUGCGCGACCCCCGCCGCUACUUCCCGCCAAGCUACUCCCUCAUGCUGCCCUCCCUCUCCCACCAAGACCAGCCGCCGCCACAGCAGCAGCAGGCAGCGGCCCCUGCACCCGCCAACACCACCGCCCUCACACCAGCCUUGCUAGGGUCCCUCUCCCCAUGGCUCAUGGCUCUUCGCCCCUCCCCUGCUGUGCAAGCCAUGGUGCAACGCUGGGCUGUUGGGGCUUUAAGGGGGUAUGUGACAGCAGGUGCGGCAGCAGCAAGGGGUGGUUCAGGUGUGUUUUCUGGUUCGGAGGUUCUUAGCACGGCGCUGAAUCACGCCGUGGCUGAGAUGGUUCGGGGAGCGAGGCUCGUGGGAGUCGAAGAGGAUAGUUUCGGUGGAGGUUCGGAAGGAGGUCCGGGAGGUGGUACGGAAGCAGGUACGGGAGGAGGCACAGAGGAUACAGGAGAGGGGCGAAGUGUAGCAAGCGUGGGGGUGCUGCCAGAGCAGUUAUUCCCGCCUGGGUGGAAGGCGGUGGGGGAUAGGGCAUGGCUGGAGGCGCAUAGAAAGGAGAUAGUGGCCGUGCAGGUGAGCUGUGGGGAGGAUGGCAGGCAGCAAGAAGUUCGUCUUCGAGACAUGAAGCUAUGGUUGUAA